AUGCCUUGCUUCAAAGACACCAUGAUUCCCUAUUCUUCUCAAUGGACGAUUUGUGUUGAACAAAUAUGCGGAAAAAAUAUACUGAAUGACCCCGAAGAUCACCAGACAAGCAACCAGGUUGUUCGGCUCUUAGCACGAGGGCGGCCGCCGUGUCUGCUCACACUCCUCCGAACUCUGGAUUUCAGGGGGAGCCAGAUCGUCACCGUCAGGGCCAUCAACCAGGUGGGCGCCGGCCCCUCCGCCCACCCCGUCACCGUCACCACCAGCCAGGGAGUGCCGUCCGCCCCCCCGAAGGCCGUGCAGUGCGACCCCCUCUCGUCGCAGGCGCUGCGGGUGCGCUGGAACCCCCUGCCCCUCAACCUCUCCAACGGCCCGGUGCAGGGAUACAAGGUCUACUACAAGAGGACCACCAAUAUCGAAGGUUCGAACGCCGUGGAGGUGAAGCGAACCACGAACCUGGAGACGAACCUGCAGGGCCUCGGGCGGUUCACCAACUACAGCGUCCGCGUCCUGGCCUUCACCUCGGCCGGCGACGGGGUCAUGUCCGCGCCCUCCUUCUGCGCCACGCUGCAGGACG